UGUAAUAUAAGGAGGUGUUUUAUGUUGUUUGUAUACAUAUGCAAGCAACAUAAAAAACACAAAGAUGAGUUCCUAUUUUGUCAACUCUCUCUUCUCUAAAUAUAAAAGUGGAGAUUCAUUGCGUCCUAAUUAUUACGAGUGCGGGUUCGCUCAGGAGCUCGGAGCAAGACCUACUGUAGUCUAUGGACCCGGUACCGGCACCGGUUUCCAGCAUUCUACCCAGCUCCAGGACUUUUACCACCACGGCGCAUCCUCUCUCUCGGCUACCCCUUACCAACAGAAUUCCUGCGCCGUGACCUGUCACGGAGAGCCGGGCAAUUUUUAUGGAUACGACGCCUUGCAGAGACAGGCACUCUUCGGAACCCAAGAUUCUGAUUUGAUCCAAUACAGCGACUGCAAACUCGCCAACAGCCUCGGAGAAGACGCGGAAGUCACCGAACAGAGCCCCUCUCCCACGCAGCUCUUUCCGUGGAUGAGACCCCAAGCAGCUGCCGGACGGAGACGAGGCAGGCAGACUUACAGCCGCUACCAAACGCUGGAACUGGAGAAGGAAUUCUUGUUCAACCCGUAUCUGACGCGCAAGCGGCGGAUUGAGGUAUCGCACGCCCUGGGACUGACUGAAAGGCAGGUCAAAAUCUGGUUCCAGAACAGGAGAAUGAAAUGGAAGAAAGAGAACAACAAAGACAAAUUUCCCAGUUGCAAAUCCGAGCAAGAGGAGAUCGAGAAGGAGAAACAAGGAAGAGGCAAGGGAGAAGGCGAGGGACCGGAAUCAGAGCCCCGCACCGAGGACAAUGCCAAACAAGGAUAAGAAAAAUAAGACAGCCAGCAAACAAACGCUAUACCGAACUGUACUGAAGCAUUACAAUCCUUAAUACUCUGUUCCUUGUGUAAACGAUGGAGU